AUGACUACAUCCUCCCGACAGCUGGAACGAUUUCCUAUACCCCAGCUACUCGACCCGAGCCGUGACGGAGGAGUCGUACAUCCUCUGAAACUUUUCCAAGAGUUGGGUCAACGGGUUUCGGACACGACUGCGGACAGCUUCGGUACUCCUUGCCCAGCUCCACAGAAGUUCAAGCAGCCUCCUGCGACCGAGAGACGCGUGAUGGAUAUUAUGGCUCGAACUGCGGCAUCUACUCAAGCGAUGCAUGGAGAGUCGUGCAUUACCGUAGGCGAGGCGCCAGCCGCAGAACAGCGACACACACUGCAAGAGCUGGAACUGCAGCACUCAAAUGACGGUGAGGUAGGAACAGCCACUAACAACCAGAAGCAGGGAGGACUGGAGAGAAUGGACACACGGACAAGACCCAAGACGCCUGUGGCCGAGAUUCGAAAUCGGUUUGACAACGCCGCAGACGGUAUCAACAAGGAGAGUUUGUUAUCGUCGAAUCGUCUCUAUACGCCUGCCAGCAACCCUUUUACGACGCCUGGGCUGUCCUCGACACCUCCCACCUCGGCGGAAUACUCUACCGAGAAGAAACCACUUCCUUCGACACCCUCAAAGUCAAAACUUGCACCUCCGUGUAUGGCGGUGCCUUCUCAUACACACAGAAGAACACCUAGCUCAGUCAUUCUCCCGAGCUCUGAGAUGCUCACCGCCCUCCCGUUUGCCACCCCGAGCAAACGUGCUAAUCGAGCCGCGAAGAGGUCCCCUCAGUCAAAAGCUCUCAAGAAGCGAUCGAAUACAGGUCGGCUAAAGCUUGUAUCCUGGUCCAAGUUACGACCCAGCGCGCAGCUUUCCCGCCGUUACUCUUCGUCCUCGCUGUCAACGACCUUCAAGCCAAUUCUUGGUCCGAGAAGCCAAUGCAGCCAAGGAGCAUCAAGCGUAUACAGCCGUGAUGCGCGAGCCCUUAGUUUCAUGGAUGCACUAGAUCUCCCUGUGAAAGGCACCCCAGAUCCCCGCAUCGGGCCGGGGUGGGUUAAGGGUUUGACAUCCGAGCGCCGGAGUCGGUUUUCUCACCAACAUUCUGCAUCGAUUCACUACCUGAAGACCAAGAUCGACGCCUGGGACUUGCACACGGCCUACCUUGACAGAUCGGUGUACCUUGCCCCGUCUAUAAAACGUUCAGUUUCAGAUGCUGGUCCUCGACAUGGAACAAAGCCAGAGUCUUCCACCCAAGUCAUGGACACCAGCGCCUCAGGCAGACCUAUUCCUGUUAUCCAGAUUGGACGAUCUAGUGAUGAUGUGUUUGGCAUCGAAGUUGACGGCUUUAAGAGCGACCAGGCCAGCAUCAUCCUGAAGAGUAUUGGGUCCGCUAAGGCACUAUCGGUAGUUUCUGGCGGACUGGGACGAGGCACCGCGCCCGGCGGCGGCGAGUGGAUUUGA